AUGCCGCAACGUAUCAAACUUCCCAAUCCUAUUGAUUACAUCUAUAGAGAUAAUUCCAUACUUCCAGAAAAUCACCGCCUGGAUACCGAAGAAGAAGCCGAUAUUGAGGAAGGACAAGUCCAAGUCAGAGCCUUGAACUACUUCAUAUUCGAGAAGAAUGGGAAGAUGGCAUUUCCAUAUUAUGGAGUUUCGGAUGAGUGGUGGAAAGAUGUAGUAGGAUUUGGGUUAACGAUCGCGUUGACGGGUGAUUUUAAAUACCAUGCAUGGGCUGGAGCGUGGGACGACGAUUACCUGGGCAAAAAUUGGGAAGUAAUCAUUUUGGGGGAUCUCACAGGAAUCUCAAAAGAGAAGAGUCCACAUUGGCGAGCAGGCACCGAGCACAUACUAUGGCUCGAAUCAAAUCUCGGUUAUAGCUAUGCUUUGCUCGAGCCCGUUCCAUAUUACCACCCAGCCUCCUGGGCCCGUGUCAUCGAGUCAUGGACUAAUGUCAAGCACCCCAGGCGCCGGCAAAACCCUGGCUUCACACCUUUGAUGCGCACGGACCCAAGGCCAAAAUGGUGGGAUGCUGCUGGAGAUGUGCAAUGGCACGACGGCAAUCGGACUUGGCAAAGUCCAAAAGCAGCAAAAACGUUACCAAGGCUAGCUGAGAGCAUUGUGGUCAACUCCGACUCUGGCUUGAAGAGUAGGCCAAGCUCAUCCAAGCCGCCAGUCGCUUCCGAUUUCUUUCACAGAAGGGUGAAGGUGGAAAAAAAGCGCUCAAUGGCCUUGGAGACCUUGGACACAUCUCAUAACGAGAGGGGUCCAACAAAGAGUGCCAGUCGGAAGCGCCGGGCUGCAAGUGGGUCGUCUAAUGCUGGCAGAGCUCAGAAGGCGCGCAAGGAAGAUCCCAUCUACAUAUCAUCAGAUUCGGACAAAGGAAGCUCACCUAGGUCGACAAGCUUCAAACACAGGGUCAGCAGCUCGCCUCCACCCAGCGGGAUGCCUUCUUCGCCAAUCGAUGUGGAUGCUGACGAAUUUUCAGCUUUGUGCGAUUGA